GAGGAAAACAAGAGCACGUUUACCUGCAAGUAAUCCCGCCCCCUCUCUUGGUUUAGUCCAAUCACUGAAGCCUAUUUGGAGACAGUGAAGCACUGAGCGGUGCAUUGGGGGCAGGGGAGAGGGAGCGCUGGUAAACAAUAAGCCCGAGCCUGAAAAGGUGCCUUUUCCCUCCUUCUUCGUCCCUCUUUCCUCCUCCCUCCCUUCCUCCUCCUCCUCCUUCCUCUCCCUUCGUUCCAUCUGCUGGGGCUGCCUCCACCUUCUGCACCACCGCCUGCAGUGGGAGCCUGGCGCUGUUGUCCCCUGGCCACCGCCCCCGGGGCAUGGCAUAUCUGAUGGCAGCUUUCUCAGUGGGCACGGCUCUGAAUGCCAGCAGUUAUUCUUCAGGUGUAACAGAGCCAAAGUCAGUGUGUGUCUCAGUGGAUGAGGUGGUGUCAAGUAGUAUGGACAGUGCAGAGACUGAUCUGCUAAAUGGACACAUGAAAAAGGUGGACAACAGUCUGACUGAAGCACAGCGCUUCUCCUCCUUGCCUAGGAGGGCAGCAGUGAACAUUGAGUUUAAGGACCUUUCCUAUUCUGUCCCAGAAGGACCGUGGUGGAGGAAGAAAGGAUACAAGACUCUUUUGAAAGGAAUUUCAGGGAAAUUCAGCAGUGGAGAACUUGUUGCAAUCAUGGGUCCUUCUGGAGCUGGAAAAUCAACACUCAUGAACAUCCUGGCAGGAUACAGAGAGACAGGGAUGAAAGGGUCAGUUCUCAUCAAUGGAAUGCCUCGGGACCUCCGCUGCUUUCGUAAGGUAUCAUGUUAUAUUAUGCAAGAUGACAUGCUGCUUCCUCAUAUUACCGUGCAAGAAGCCAUGAUGGUUUCUGCUCAUCUAAAACUUCAAGAGAAGGAUGAAGGCAGAAAGGAGAUGGUGAAGGAGAUCCUGACAGCUUUGGGUCUGUUGUCCUGUGCUAACAUAAGAACAGGAAGUCUUUCUGGAGGCCAGAGAAAGCGGCUUGCCAUUGCCUUGGAAUUGGUGAACAAUCCACCUGUCAUGUUCUUUGAUGAGCCUACCAGUGGUUUGGACAGUGCUUCCUGUUUCCAAGUUGUCUCACUGAUGAAAGCUUUGGCCCAGGGAGGCAGGUCCAUCAUUUGUACAAUCCAUCAACCUAGUGCUAAACUGUUUGAGCUAUUUGAUCAGCUUUAUGUCCUGAGUCAAGGGCAAUGUGUAUACCGGGGGAGAGUUUCAAAUCUAGUACCUUACCUGAGAGAUUUAGGUCUAAACUGUCCAACUUACCACAACCCAGCAGAUUUUGUGAUGGAGGUUGCAUCUGGUGAAUAUGGUGAUCAAAACAGUCGCCUGGUGAGAGCCGUGCGGGAGGGCAUGUGUGACACAGAAUUCAAGAGAGAAUUUGGGGGCGAUGCUGACUUGAACCCUUUCCUUUGGCACCGGCCCUCUGAAGAGAACUCCAUUUCUUCUGAAGGCUGUCACAGCUUCUCAGCUAGCUGCCUCACUCAGUUCUGUAUCCUCUUCAAAAGAACAUUUCUCAGCAUCAUGAGGGAUUCGGUAUUGACACAUUUAAGGAUCACAUCGCACAUUGGGAUUGGACUUCUCAUAGGCUUGCUAUAUUUAGGAAUUGGGAAUGAGGCCAAGAAAGUCUUGAGCAAUUCUGGUUUCCUUUUCUUUUCCAUGUUGUUCCUCAUGUUUGCUGCACUAAUGCCUACUGUCCUCACAUUUCCUCUCGAGAUGGGAGUUUUUCUUAGAGAACAUCUGAAUUAUUGGUACAGUCUAAAGGCCUAUUAUCUGGCCAAGACCAUGGCUGAUGUUCCCUUUCAGAUCAUGUUUCCGGUGGCCUACUGCAGUAUUGUAUACUGGAUGACUUCUCAGCCAUCUGAUGCUCUUAGAUUUGUCCUAUUUGCAGCCUUGGGGACAAUGACAUCACUGGUGGCUCAGUCUCUGGGUCUCCUGAUUGGUGCAGCCUCCACAUCAUUACAGGUGGCAACGUUUGUAGGUCCCGUGACAGCCAUCCCAGUCCUUCUUUUCUCAGGAUUCUUUGUCAGUUUUGAUACCAUUCCAGCAUAUUUGCAGUGGAUGUCCUAUAUUUCCUAUGUCAGGUAUGGGUUUGAGGGAGUCAUUCUCUCUAUCUAUGGUUUGGAUAGAGAAGAUCUUCAUUGUGACAUUGAAGAGACUUGCCACUUUCAGAAAUCAGAAGCCAUACUGAAAGAAUUGGAUGUGGAAAAUGCCAAACUUUACUUGGACUUUAUUGUUCUUGGGAUUUUCUUCAUCUCCCUUCGCCUCAUUGCCUAUUUUGUCCUCCGAUAUAAAAUCCGAGCAGAGAGGUAAAACAUUCCAGUAGGGAGAAAAUUAGAAGUUGCAAUUAAAGGCAUUUGUCUUGUCUUUUCAGAUCAGUAUCUUACCCAGCUCUUAAAAACUAUAUUACAUUUCUGGAUGUCAAGUGUUCAACUUCUCAGUCCAGUUGGGUUGGGUCACCUCUCUAGUGUCCUUUAUAAUCUUAACUAGGAAGAAGAUAUAGAAGAGGGUUUUUUUUUUCAAAAGCAGAAUUUAACAUUCAAGGAUGAUAUACCUAAAAUAUUACUGGUGACUGGAUGUUUCCUUUUCAAAAUCCUUCUUUAUGACAAGAUGACUUAAAGUCCUGGACAUGGAAUUAUAAAGCAACUUCUUCAUGGAGAACUUUUUCAGGAACUGAUUACUAUGUAUAACAGGAUGGGGAGAGAAGAAGCUGGAACACAGGGUUAUCUUUCUCUUUAUUUUUCUUUAUUAAAAAUAUCCAUUUCAAUUUUCUAAGGUUUGUCUCCUUAAGACUAUUUUUCUUAAGAAGUAACUUUCCAUGCCAAAAACUUCAUUAACAUUCAAGAAAAUGUUUUUAAAAUAUUAUUUGUGAAAAAUAAUUUAGAUUAAAGAAUUAUAAUAGACUGUUUAAAGGAAUCCCAGAGUAACAAAUUGGUCUCACUUAAGGUUCAGAUUUUGUGAAAGGAUUAAAAAAAAUGUUUCAGGUUGAGUCAUAUACCUUUAAACCAAAUUUUAAAUUUGCAUAACAUAUGGAGGACAAACUUUUUAAAAAGACUAGGGAAAUAAACGUGAAACUUUGCCAAUUCAUCUGAAAAAAAUUGUCUUCCAGAUACUUCAUGUUUCAAGUAGUGAGGAUUGGUAGCCCUUUCACUUUUAUAGAUGGUAUACUUGUUAGGUGGAUCAGGCCACUACAAAGGAAAAAAAUUUAAAGGUUCAAUUUAAGAGUGAAUUUUAGGCUGAGACAGUGAAUGUACAACUGAUAUUCUAGAGCUGAAAUACCAUAUUGUUGACUAUAUAAUAUUAGCAAUUAUUAUAAUUUGUGUGGAAGUGGUUAAGAUAUUUAUAAGGGUAUUUCCUAGAGGAGACUAUAUACUUCUGGGUAAUUUUACUAACCAUUUUUUUUCACUGAUCUCAGCUACAUUACACAAAAGGAAAGAUGUUUUACCCCUUACAUGUGGCACUAACUAUUGCCAUUUCACUUUAGAAACUUGGAACCAAGUUGGACCCAUGGGGAGGGUUUUCCACCCAUUUGCAUUAUAAAAAAAAAGAUAUAAAAUCCUUUGGAGUAGAAAUUAUUAAUAUGUCUUGCAGAAAUACCAGGGAAUGUUUGAUAAAUUAGAUUUCAACAAUUCAGGACUUUCUCCUUAUUAUACACAUAUUUCCUGACUACUAUAAAAGGUGGUCAGCAAUUCCAGUGUAAAUCAAUAUCUUUCUAGUGAAGUAUUCUGUGUUAAUAGACAAGUCUCUUUGCCUCUUUUAGUCUCACUAUAUACUCAUUUGUAAAAUAUGGAAUUUGAACUAGAUUAUUUCCAAGGUUACUUCCAGUGUUUAAAAAAAAUUCAAUGAAGCCUGUUCAUUUAGUUAUUUGGUAUAGUAGCAUAACAAUGUGUUGGUCAGUUAGACAAACUACAUUGCUGAUUGAAUGGAAGUUAGUAUAUAGUGCCUCUGGCUCAUCUGAAGCCAGACAGUAACUUAACAAUGCUUUUAAAAACAAAUAUGCUCAGGUUGCUAUUCUUAGUGACACCUUCAUAUAUCCUCGAAAUAGCAAAAUACCAAUAUUGCUAACCAGAUUUUGUAAUUUUGGUAAUGUUAGAAACUAACUUUUUCCUUCCCUAAGGCUUAGAAAGGGGUAAAAAAACCAGAAUUUUGUUGAAAGCAAAAGUUUAAUGGUUUAGUUGACAAAUAUGUGUUUGCAUUUAUGAAUUGGGUGUUGUGUGUCUUGGCUAAUAAGAAAGUAUUUGUGAAUAUUAAGGAUUGAAUUUAUUUUUGGAAAGUGCCAUGAGGUUACAUAAUUUGAACAGUGUCUAAUUGACCUUUACAGGCUUUAUUUAAUAUCAGAAUAGAUGUAUCUUAGAAAUGAGCAAAAAUAAUGCAAAAGUAAAUCCUGAAUAUGGAGACCUCAUGAACAUUCUGACCAAAACCAAAUUUAGAGAAAGAGAAAACUGUUCUUUCUUUUCCCAUAAUAACUUGCUUGGGAAUAAUAUAUUUGAAGAUUUUCUUUGAAGAUCCCUUAUUGGCAAGCCUGUUCAUUCAUGAAUUAGUGCUCAACAUCAAGGUGGGAACUUUCAUUUGUGUAUAUGUGUAUGUAUGUAUGUGUUUAUAUGCAUAUACACAUACAUGUGUGUGCAUCUUAAGGCUGUGCUAUGUAGACAUUGUGGUAUUUCUAGUUUUCUUGGUGGUACUACUUCCAUCUCAAAGGCAAUCCUAUCUUGUUUAUCACAUCCAUUGCUGCACCUCUCAUUGUACCAAGUGUGUGAAGACAGCCCUCUUUUAUUCAGGAUUCAAAAGCAAUGAAGUCUUCCAAAAUAAUCAUUUCUCUAAAGUUUUAUUUUUUCUGUCUUCUAACUUCCUUUGUAACUUCAGACACUUAAGGCAUUGAGAGGUAGAUUCCUAAGACAUCUGAAAAAGAGGAAGAAACCAAAUAAUUGGAAAAAUUAUAGACAAUUAUUAUGGGAAAAGUGAUUGACAGUAUAUUGAUAUGUACCAUCUCAUAUGGCCACUUUCUCACCUCUACAAAAUAUCUAUGAGAAUAAUAUAUACACAUAUGGAAGAAACCCUUGAUGAAAUAUGAGGUAGAAACAAAUUUUCAUAAAUGAUGUUCUAUAGCAGAUUAUAUCUUUAUAGUCACACAACUGACUGAAAGAAAGGUACAGAGACUAGACCCCACUUUGUCUAUUCCUUCUUUGUUUUACGUGUGUGUGGAUGCAUGUUGUUUGUAUACAUAGCAAAAUGCAGCCUUAAAGGUUCUCCUUGGUUAAAAUUCAGACUACAGAUUUUGAGCUAGAAAGUACAUGAGGUCAUCUUGUCCAACCCCCUCAUUUUACAAAUGAGGAAACUGAGGUCUGGAGAGGUUAAGCCCACAUUCGUAUAGGUAGUGAAUAAAACAUUUGGAAUUUUCCAAAUUCAGCACCCUUUCCACCAUAUCUAUAAAUAGCAGGAUAGUGGCAGCUAUUCGACAAUCACUGCUUACAAAUAUCAAGUGAGGCAUAACAGGGACAUGCAUAUUAGACAAAAGAUAACUAUUGUCUUGGAUAAUCUUUAGGGCAAAUCUCUAAUAGAAGAGAUAUUUCAAUCUUAUGUUGAUAUUUUGUGGACUGAAUCAAGAAUCAAGACACUACAGAUGAGAAAUAUCUAUUGUUGAAAAUGAAAUACAUUUGGUUACUCAGUCCAUUAACUAGGUCCAUCAGCACAUAUAUCUUGAACAAAUACUGUAGAUAGAUAAUAAGCUAGGCUGAGAACUAAGCAAGAAAAGACAAGGCAGGAUAGAAUUUGAGAAACUGGCACAUUCAGCAAUCCCGACCUUCUCUUUGAAGCAAACCCUAUUUUUUUCAGUAAUGAUAAAAUAACUGAAAAUCAUUGUAUAUGAUAAUCUCUGAAGAAUCAAAAUUAUAGGGUAAUGAGAAACUUGUGCUCCACUAUUAUCUAUGCAAUAUCAAGAGAUCUAGGGAAAGACCUGUAGCAAUUUAGAUGGAACUCAUCUGGAGAAUUUAUGGGAAGACAUUUAUUAUAAGACUUAUAUUGGAUAAGAAAGCAUGAAUGGAUUAUGAUGUGUACUACUGCAGGGAAUGCCCACAUUGAUGAGAUUAUAGCUACAUCAAAAUGUUUUGGAAAGGAGUAACAGUCUUUCUUUAAGUCCUCUGAAAUAUUUUAUUCAUGUGCUUUCAGUAGCUUUAUCUUUUUAAGGGGUAAACCUGUUCUCCAGCAAGCUUAGAUUUGAAGUACAGCUUUUCUAAGCAUUCUCUUUUUUGUGUGGUUUGUUGAAAUACAUCAUUCCAAUGUUUCAUGAUAUUGCCUUAGCAAGCAAAUGAGAUAGUUCUUAUAAAGUAUACCAUCAGCCUUCCUAAAUGGGCAAUUUUGCCUGAUUUUUUGAAAAUAGGAAAAGAAAUUAUUUGGAGGUCUAUUUUUUUUCUAGAGAGGCACUCUUCCAUAUAUUGCCUAACGUACUAUUUUUUCUUUAAAAUCAAAACCCUUCUCAAAAAUCUGAUUCUUCAAGCACCCUUUCUCAAAGGUGUAGUGAAAGGGAAUUAGUACUUCUAUCAUCUAACCUGACCUAUAUAACUAAACCAAUUAAGAGGAAAGAAUGAAAUCUGUCUAACUACUUGAGUUUUUAUCCAAGUUCUAUUUUUUCUUUUUCCAGGGGUCUGUUAUUAGGAACAGGGCAGAAAGGAAAGUAUAUAAUUUAUUUUUUAAUGGUUCUUAUUAAGGUAGAAGACGUAUCAUUUAUCAAUUUUGCUUAGAAAGCUUCAGGCAGGUUUACUCCAAUCAUAUUGGUGAGAUUUUAAAUUUAUCUUUAUUCAAAACAUUUUGAGCCCCUUUUUCUGUAUGUGAUGAGUAUAUUUAGGGCAUUCACUUCCUCAAAGACUCCAGGUUAGCCAGGCAUUUAAUGGGUAAUUAAUCCCAGAAGUAACAUUUGGAAGUGUCAAAAAGGAUAAAUGUAUAUAUUAACUAAAGCAGGGUUGGCAAACUACAGGCUGUUGCUUGAGUUUUGUUUUUGUUUUUACUGAAUUUUAUUGCAUUGAAAAAUGUAAAAAUCAGUCUUAGCUUGUGAGUGAUUAAAAAACUGGCAACUGGUAAAUUAGGCCCUGGGGAAUAGUUUGAUGACUCUCCCCUCUCCGGGCACCCCCAACUAAAGGAAUCAAUAACAGUAGUUGCUCCUUUGGAAGUAUUCCAGGAGCCCAAAGGAUAGGGCUUAAUUCCUUAUUUAAUUAAAAAACAAAACAAAACAGAUUUUUUCUCAAAUCAGAGCAAAGGAAAUGCAAAGGUAGACAUACAACAUUAGACAGACUCUCUCAGCUCCUUUCCGCCUCUAAGGCCCUGUGGUAUUAUAUGAGAUAACAGGUCUUUCUGGUCUCAUUCAGUUACUAAAUAUUAAGGUGAUAUAGAAGACUUGGAUAUUGUAUGGAAUUCUGUUAAGCCUACUUCUACCCUGGUAGUGGAGCCAGUUAGACAAUUUAGGAUGAAUCUUUCAGCAGAAAAGUUUGAUUGAAUUCAAUGAAAUUCAAUGAGUAUUUAUUAGGUAAGGCAGAGAUGUCAAAGUCUAGGCCCACUGGUCACAUAAGGCCUACACAACUCCCAAGUGGAACCUCAACCAGAUUAUUGGGAAAUGUUUAACAAAACAAAUAAGAAUACCAUAUAGAUAAUGUCAGUUUGUGGUUUCCUACAUCAAUAUAUGGCCUGCAAGGAUCCAUUUCUAUUUGAGUUUGACGUCAUUGUUAAGGUAGUACAAAUACAAAUACAACAUGAUAGACUCCCUGCCCUCAAUGAGCUUACAUUCCACUGGAUGUUACUUCCCUUCAUCUUGCUCUAUACCCUGACUUCUUCAUAGAGUUCUGCUCUAAACUAAAUAGUGAUGAUUCCCAUGAUUUCUGCUGGCAUUAGUAUAGUGUGGUGAUUUCUCAGUCUGAUCAUAAAACUGAUUUUUAAAUCUACAGAGAACUGUCUUCUGCCAAAAGAAAAAUACUUGUAAUUCCAUGCCAAUGAUGUGAAAAAAUGGAAUAUCUAGAGGUCUCCAGAGCUUAUUGGUUUGCUUUUUAAUUAAAGCUAUGACAAACAAAAAUAAUAAAGUAUGAAUCAGAAAAAGUUUCAAAGCACGGUGCUUAUAGGAAUGAAAUUAAGUUUUUGUUGCUUUUUUGUUUUUACAAAUAAGGAAUUCUAAUAAGUUUUAUUUUUAAAACUUUAUUUUCUUGUGUGUAGGCUUAAAUUCUUGCAUUUCAGAUUCCCUAAAGACGAUUCUUUUUGCACAAUAUUUCUAAUAUCCUUUAUUAUACAUUUUAGAAAGAUUUUACUUCUACUUAAGAUCUAAAAAAAAGAAAUAAGCUCAUUAUAUUUAAGUAAAGCAAUGUCCUACUUAAUGUUUAUGUAUAUUAAUAUUUAGUUUUUCUCUUCCUACCACCUACUUUCACCAUUCUUGCUCUGAUGACCUGUGAAACUCUUUUGGUGACCUUGAAAAACACAAUGAAAAACAGUCAUACUGUUUUCUUCUUCCAAAUCACUCCACAGUUGCAGUCACCUCAGCUACCUCACUAACUACCGCAACUUUAGUGCCUAUUAUUAUUUUUGUUUGGUGAUGCAGGAACACAAAUUUUUUUAGUUUCAGUAUUUGCAGAUUCAGCUGCUCUACGGUCAGGAAGCUAUCCCUUUUUGACCAUUUGUGAGGGCUUGUCGCUGAGCUGGCACAAGGGUAUCUUCGAUGCUCUGUUUUUAUGUAAAUGUCCCAGUCAGUACUAAGAAAACUUGCCCAUCUGAUCUAAAGCCCAUGGUGCGAAGUAGAACCACUAGAUUAGCAAUUUCCUGAGGCUAUUUUUUCCCUUUAAAAACAAAUAAAACCUAAUUCUAGUUCUGCCUCCUAAAUUCUACCAGGAGAAUUCCUAGUAUACCUGUUUAAAGGGAAUAUUAUGUUUAUUCCGUCACUAUCUAUUUUCUCCUUAUCUUCAAAAGCAGGCUUUUCACAUGAAAUUAUCUUGAAAAUCCAUUGAUUCUUUUUAAUCAUUCUCUACUUCUCACUCUGCUGCCUUAUACAAUUGGAUUUCUGUCUUAGGUUAAAAGCUCUGACUUUUCUGAUUUACUGUACUCAGACUGGUUAAGAAAGCAAAGUUUAAUGAGAUUAAUUUGAAAUAAUAGAAACUAUGCCUUUUCUCCAUCCUAGACUAGUUUUGUUUUCUUCUGAUCAAGUGCUAGCUGACUUACUUUGAAAUCUCCCUACCAGCAAAAGCCAAGAGCCUAGGUCUCACCAUGUUUUUCGACAGAAUUUUCCCUUUGCUUUGUCUUGACUCUCAAUUCUCACUUAAAAUCAGUACCCUUGUGUGAGAGAAAAAAAAUACAAACAUCAGGUACAUUUUUUUGUUUGUUCAGGAAGCACUACUGUAAUAGGAAUUUAAAAUUAUAUCCUUUUAUUCAUUUUUAUUAUUCAGAGCUCAGGGCCAUUCCUUCUGCAACUUUUGGUUGAAAGCUUGUCUUUUGUUAGUAUUAACCUCAUCUUACUUAAUGUCUAUGUAUAUUAAUUUUGUGUGUAUAAUUAACCUGACUCAUGGAAUAAUAAUAGUAUUAAGGGAAGACUCCUGACAUUCCUGAGAUGAGAAACCAAAUAAGAGGAAGAAGGGAACACAGCAAUUUAGCUUAAAAAUCUCCCAAAAUAUUUUAUUUGUGGAAGAAUUUCCCUUUGUGGGAGGCCAAGUCUUCAUGACAUGUAAGUUAACCCAUUGUGACUUUAAAAUGUAGCCUUAUGGUUUUUUAAACGUAGGAUUUUGCAAACUCAGUGUUUAAUUUAUAACCAGACUUAGUUUACCUAUUACAAUCUGUUGAAUUUUCCCUAGGGGAUAUUUGAGCUUAUGACCCUGUUUAACUAAGUUUGUUCAACUUUUAUGGCAUUGAAGGAAGCAUAGGAAUCUAUCUUUUCUUUAACUUUUGUGACCUAAAAGGAAUUAGCAAGAUUGUAAUAUGAAAAAGAAAUAUUUCUCUGUCACUGAUGUAAUUUUGUCUAUAAGAAGUCUUGUUAGAAUCCAAACUGGGAUUUAGGUUUAUUUUUUCCUCUGAGAUCUGAACCUAUUAUUAAACAUAAUAAAACCUAGGUUUGUCUUACCUCCACAAUUUCUGCAUUGUGGUAGUUUUAUUUCAGUAACAAUUCUCUACCACACAACUCAAAGAGGAGAUAUUUCUCCCAUAACACUACCAAAUUUGAUGUCAGCUGUUUCGUUUUCCUUCUCUUCCCAUUCCUCCAUAUCUGACCCUAUAAAUUCUUGUGGUUAAACUAGGUUACGGAAUAGCAAAAGUCCUCUCAGCAAAUGCUGUCUCGAACCAAAGAAAUCGAUGUCUGAAGUAUCAAUUAGAAAAGUUCAUUAGAAA